AAGAUGAAGAUAAAAUGAUGGAAACAAAAAAGUGACCACCUGUUUCAAACGCAUUGGGGAAAAAACGUUAUUUUGUGGGUUAAUAAUUUUUAAAAGAAUCUCAAGCAGCAAGUGCAAUGGAAAUGAACCUAAAAUUCACGUGCCUUACAAGUGUAGUGAUAUUUUUUGUACUAGUUCAAGAAGGUUUGUCCAUCAAAUGUUGGGACUGUAGGUCUGAUGUAGAUCCAAAAUGUUCGGAUCCUUUUGAUAACACUACUUUUGCCAUCACCGAUUGUAGUAAGGCAACACGGUUAGAAACUUAUCCCCUUGUUCAAGCCACGAUGUGCAGGAAGAUGAGACAAAAAGUUAAUGGGGUUUGGAAGUACAUCCGAAGUUGUGCCUACUUGGGGGAACCUGGCAUAAAAGGCGACGAGCGUUUCUGCCUGAUGCGAACGGGUACAUAUAACAUUUUUAUGGAGUACUGUACUUGCAACACAAAGGACGGCUGUAAUAUCUCGUCGCACUUGAAAUCGUCAAAUGUUUUACUUCUAGGUUCGAUUCUCAGUUUCAUACUAUUUAAAGUAUUGAGAUAAAAUGAGGUGACGAAAUCGUUCUUUGAUUUUUAGAAGUUUUAUUUUUGUACAAACUUUUUGAUAGUCAUAUGUUUUACUUACAAGUAUUAAGAAAUACUUGUAGAUUAAGCCACAGAUCUGAUUUUUUUAUGAUUAAUGUUGAGUUUUGUAUUUCAUUUAUGUAGGAUUUAGUGUAUUGCUAAAUUUUUUUAUGCAGUUCGAGUGCACUUAUAUACUUUUCCGUCCAAAGCUACAUAUUUUUUAUAUUGUACUGUUAUUUGUAAUAAAAAUAAAAUUCGUGCUUAUUAUUGGAA